AUGUCCUCCAAGAAAUACCCUCUGCACAAUAGAGGCAUCUAUCGCAACCUCCCCACCUUCGACCCCGCCAUCAAGAACUUGACGGCCAUCAUCACCGGCGCCAAUGGAGUUUCAGGAUUUGGGCUUUUACGAUCUCUGCUCGAGUCACCCGAGCGAUGGACAAAGAUCUAUGCCAUUUCGCGUCGCCCUCCUCCCAAGGAAAUGACUGAGAAGCUUCUACGGCCGGACCAACGCGCUCGCGUAGAGCACGUUGCGUCUGAUUUCCUAGAUGACCCAUCACAGAUUACAGAAGCCCUCAAGGCUGCGUCAGUUACUCGCGCUGACUAUAUCUUCUUCUACUCUUACUUCCAGCCUCGCCCAAAACCGGGUACAGGGCCUCGGGAAGUUGCGGAAGAGCUUCUCCGAAUAAACGUGUCAUUGCUCUCCAAUUUCCUUGAUUCUCUAUCCAUCCUUAAUCUUAAGCCACGGCGGUUCGUUUUGCAAACAGGUGCAAAGCAUUAUGGGGUGCACCUUGGUCGUCUAAGGGUUCCAGCAAUAGAAUCCGACCCAAGAGUCUCACACCCUGAACCCAACUUCUACUACCCGCAGGAAGACCGGCUGUUUGAAUGGUGCCGUAAAACCAGCAACGAUGGCAAGGAAAACGUGGGCUGGAAUGUCAUUCGGCCAGCAUGGAUUCUUGGUGCUGUGAAUAACGCCCAGAUGAACGCUCUCUACCCAUUUGCCGUAUAUGCCGCAGUUUCAGCACAUAGAAAUGUGCCUCUGGCAUUUCCAUCAACAUGGUCUGCAUGGCAGGAGUUGAAUCUCAAUGCUAGCGCUCGUUUGACCGGCUACCUCACCGAGUGGGCUGUUCUUGAGGACAAAUGCAAGGAUCAGGCAUUCAACGCGCAAGAUACAAGUUCCUUGACAUGGGAUCGUUUCUGGGGAGAACUGAUCCGUUGGUAUGAUGUGAAGAAGGGGUUUGUUGGGCCAGCAGAUGAUGAUAAAUGCACCAUUGAAAUGAAGGGACGAGCGUUCGGGGAAGAAAGUCCGAUGGGAUACGGACCACCACUUGUCACAAGACUGUCAUUCUCUUUGGUGAAAUGGGCUAAAGACCCGGAAAACCAAGAAGCAUGGAAAGAAAUCAUGGCGGCAAAUCCCAACAUAACGUAUGAUCCAUUUGCCGAUGUAGAACAAAACUUCAUCUGGGGUGACGCCGCAUUCCGACGCUCGGGUCCGGUAUCAAUGAACAAAGCUCGUCACAUGGGAUGGACUGGAUUUGUUGACACGCAUGAGAGUCUGUUUGAAAUAUACGGCGACAUGGCGCAGCUCGGCAUGCUCCCUCCGCUCAAAGUAGACAGCGCGCAAGCGUUGAUGUGA